ACAUUCACGUCACUUUGGAGCGAAACUUUUCGAAAAGCAAAACAUCACGGGGAGGACAUGAAGUUAUGCUCUGUGUAUAUUAAAUGACUUAUGUAAUUUAGAACAUCUUUGGGAAGUCUUAAACAGUGGCACAAUAAGUCGACGCUAAAAUGGAAGGACUUGAAAUGUCCGCAAUGAUACCGGCUCUCCAGGAGCUAGCUAGUGCCAACGCUGCUGAAUACAACGUGGUGGUUCAGAAACCUCGACAGAUCCUCUGCCAGUUCAUUGACAGGAUACUGACAGAUGUGGAUGUUGUUGCUCAUGGGCUAAAUAAAAAGUCCAAUUCCGAGCCUGCUUGUGUGAUGCUGCUGGACUUUGUGCAGCAUAUAAUCAAAUCCUCAUCUCUGAUGUUUGCAAACCCUGCCUGUCAGCCUGCUAAGUUCCCAGACACCAUACAGAGCUGUACUGACUUCAGUAAGUGGGUGGCGGUGCGUUUGCUCCGUGUGGCAGCUGCUCCAGGCUGUGACGUCAUUCACGGCCGCGUGUCUGCAGUGUUGUGCUCUUUACUUCACACUUUGAAAGUCAGGGCACCGUUCAUCUUCAGCUGCCUCUCUCAGGACCUUAUAUCUCUGGCCCAAAACCUCAGCCACAUCCUGCUAGCUCAUAUCACUACUCUGGCAGGACUAGGACACGGUCUUGGUAUUAACAUGCAAAGCCGAUGGCCUGAAACACUGGAGUGCUUCAGUUUCUCCCCCAUGUGUAACUCCUCGUACCUCACCCCUUCUCCUCUUGUACUCUCCUCACCCGCUGCCUUGGAGUCGCUGACCGCUGUGACUGUUAGUAUCAUAACUGACUCUUUGAGGGGCGUCGUCUCCUAUCGAGACCUGAGUGUGGCCUGGGAGACGGCAUGUUCCAUCUUGGCAAAUGGAAACACCAGGCUGAAGAAGCUCUCCAUGGUGAUGCUGAGAAAACUGGUGGAGUUGAGAGGGUUUCCUAAAAAGCAGAGCCAGGAAUUCUUCUCAGCGUUUCUUCAUUUGUUGGAAACACAUUCCUACACUACCACAACAACCACAAUCUCAGAUGAGAAACAACCCUAUGAAGGAGAGCUGCUAGACCUGACCCGCUGUGUGUUUCAGCCAUCUUCUGUUCCUCCUUUUGACUUUGAGCCCAUCUAUCUCUCACAGUUGUUUGAGUGUGUUUGUGCCCUUGGGGGAGCAGGUAUUAAAUUAGGAGCAGAAGUUACUGCAUCUCUUUGCUUGCUGUUCAGCUUCUUGCUGUCUGUUGCCCCCGUUUAUGAGAGUGCUGCGAUGCUAAGAAGACAGCGGGUCACAGAGAUCUGCAGGACGCUGGCAUGCACCAUUGGGACAGAAACUCAAGCUGAGUCUGCAGAGGGAUUUUUACAAGCUGCACUUAAGGCUGAGACAGCUAUGGCGAUACUUGAGUCGGGAGAUGAAGAAACUCCUGCAAAGAAAUCCUGCAAAUCUGCAUCCAGUUCAGUUGGCAAAACAACUAAAGUAUCAGCAGUAGGGGCAGACAUGCGUAUUUGCAGUGAGGUUUGGGCCGUGUUAAACAGUCGGAUGGAGGAGCUGCUGAUGCUUUUGAGCUCAGAUUCUGCAGAGCCAGAGAGCACACAGACUUUGUCUGCUCUGGAGGGUCUGGCCUUCAUCGUUCACCUGGCUGCCCUCUGUUCCUCCCCUAUCAGCAGUUCAUGCCCUAUCCUCUGGGUUCCCACUGAGACUUUGGGCAAGGUGUUGAAGAGCUGUCAGUCGGUGUUAGAAAGAGCCUCUGAACCCAUCUCAGACCAGGACUACUUUCAGUCUGCAGUCCAAACCUCUGUACGGGUCUUGGACUCUGUUCUUUACCUCACAUUGAGCAGCCAGAGUGAGGAACAGCUCCAGCGGCAUGUGUGUGCUUUAACAUCUCUUCCUUGGGUGUGUGAAAACAAGUCUGUCUCAGCAUUUAAGAGUUCAGGAUUCCCCUCCUGGCUGCCUGCUUUGGCUCAGAAGUUCAGCUUCUGUUAUUCACCUGAAAUCCAGGCAGAUUGUGUGUCGCUUCUGGCCUUUCUGCACCACGGUGUGUGCAACACAUGGCGCGUGUGCGUGUUUACAAAGGCUCUGCAGAGUCAGGACGAGGUGGUGAGAGCUGCAGCUGUCAGGGUGUUCCCUGUUCUUCUUCACCACCUGGGAAACUCACACCACAGCCUCAUCAGUACUACUCUGCUUUCUAUGCUAGAGGACAGAUCAGAACAGGUGAAGAUAGAGCUUGCCAAGAUUGUUGGACAGCUGAGCUGCAUCCAGGCAGAGUUCUCCAUGCUAGGUGUUGUCCAAACAGAGUCCACUGGUCUUCCCAAAGUCCUCUGCCUACGCUGCAGCCUUGUAACAGAGCAUGGUGGAAAAGCAGUACCAUCCCUCAGUGCAUCUGUUGUUAGACCUUUUCUUCCUUUAAUCAGGCCGCAAGCUCCGAGUAGUGUUAAACAAGCAUUCUUAGAAGCUGUGCCUCACCUCUGCCAGCAUGUUAAUCUGAUUGGUGGAGACAGUGAUUCGCGAGCAGUUCUCUGUGAACUGGUUGCUCUCAUGGAAGAUUCAGAUGUUGCAGUCAGAAUACGCUUCAGCCAAUCGGUGCGUUUCUUGCUGACAGAGACUACAAAAAACUCAGACCAGGGCACCCUGAAUGAGCUCCUGGUUGCACGUCUUAAGGAGGCAUUCAACAAUGCUAAAGCCAACAGAGAUGAUGACCUGCGUAACACUCUCAUCCUCACCACCGGAGAGAUCGGCAGAGCAUCUCAGGGUAGUUUGGUGUCGUUCUCUCUUCUACGUCUACUCCACUGUCUUCUGUCAAAGUCAUCCACAGUGUCUGUAGCUGCUUACACACAGAUCAGAGCACUGGCCACUGCCAAAGGCCUAAAACUGCAAACUCUCUUCAGUCAUUACAAGAACCCAAUUUGUCAGUUCCUGGUAGAGUCACUGCAUUCCCGCCAUGCAUCAGCCCUGCGGAGCACACCAGAUCAGAGCAGUGAAUCAGCCAAUCAGAGAGAACUGGCUCUGGACAUCUUGGCUCAGAUUGCACACGCUUUUGACUUCCCAGACCUCCACCGCUUCCUCACCCGGACCCUCCAGGUGCUGCUGCCCUACCUGGCAGCUAAGGCAAGCUCCACAGGCUCUGCCCUCAUACGUACACUAGCCAUUGAGUUGAAGGCAAAUAGAAGAGAGAUUCUGAUCAACAAUUUCAAGUAUAUCUUCAGCCACCUGGUCUGUUCCUGCACGAAAGAGGAGCUGGAACGGGCCUUUCACUACUUGCAGAAUGAGACAGAGAUAGAACUGGGCUCUCUGCUUCGACAAGACUUCCAGGGUCUUCACAAUGAGUUGCUGCUGCGUUUGGGAGAACAUUAUCAACAGGUUUUUAAUGGUUUGGCUAUUUUGGCCUCCUUUGCAUCCAAUGAUGAUCCGUACCAAGGUCCCCGAGACAUCACCACCCCUGAACUCAUGGCUGACUACUUGCAGCCGAAGCUGCUGGGGAUUCUCGCCUUCUUCAACAUGCAGCUGCUGAGCUCCAGUGUAGGGGAGAAAGACCGCAAAAAGUUGACGUUGACAAGUGUGAUGGCUCUGAUGCGGCUGAUGGGCUCGAAACACAUCAGCUCUGUCAGAGUAAAGAUGAUGACGACGCUCCGCACCGGCCUCCGUUACAGAGACGACUUCCCUCUGCUUUGUUGUCAGACAUGGGAGUGUUUUGUGAAAAGUGUGGAGCCAUCACAUCUUGGCCCUCUCUUGAGUCAUGUUAUUGUUGCUCUGCUCCCACUGAUUCCACUGCAGCCCAAAAAAACUGCUGCUAUAAUUCGCUUCCUCAUCAUCGACAACAGAGAGGAAGUCAAUGACUACCUUCAUGAGAUUUACUUUCUACCAGACCAUCCUGAGCUGAAAGAUAUUCACACAGUUCUGCAAAAUUACAAAAAGCUGACAUCCAGCAGCAGUGAUUUAGCUGCAGCGCUACAACUUUCAAUGAGAGCUGUUCAGCAUGAGAACGUUGAUGUAAGGAUCCACGCACUGACCAGCCUCAGGGACAUGAUGCACAGCAAGCAGGAGUGGCUGCUGCAGCAGGUUUGUGCAAGUGAAGCAGUAGAGCCGGUCAUCUCCAACCUGGUGUCAGUGCUGCUGAAGGGCUGCCAGGACUCGUCCCCUGAGGCCAGGCUCCUCUGUGGGGAGUGUUUGGGUGAGCUGGGGGCUGUGGAUCCUGGACGCCUGGACCUGUCUUACACACACACCCAUGGCGACAGCAACACCUUUGUGAGUGGAGUUGAUGACACCAACUUUGCUUACGAUUUGCUGACCGAACUGACUAGAACUUUCCUGGCUUAUGCUGAUGAUGUGCGAGCCCAGGACUCAGCUGCAUAUGCAAUUCAGGAACUGUUGUCUAUAUUUGAGUGCCGUGAGGGAAGAACUGACUCACCGGGCCGCCGUUUGUGGAGGAGAUUCCCAGAACAUAUUCAAGAAAUCCUGGAGCCUCACCUCAACAGCAGAUAUAAGAGCAGUCAGAAGGAGGUAAACUGGUCCAAAUUAAAGAAGCCAGUGUAUCUCAGCAACAGAGGCAGCAAGUUUUCUGACUGGUCAGCCACUUGGACUGGAUAUCUCAUCAGCAAGGUGAGACAUGAGCUGGCCAGCAAGGUGUUCAAAUGCUGUAGCUUCAUCAUUAAACAUGAUUAUAAAGUCACAAUCUACCUGCUGCCACAUAUCCUGCUCUACAUGCUGCUGGGCUGUACACCUGGAGAGCAACAAGAGGUAACAGAGGAGAUGCUGGCCGUGCUGACAGAGGGCGAUGGACGAGGAGGUGGCAGCAUCCUAGAUACAGCCUCCAGCCUAUCACAGCUCAGCACUCAGACUGUGUUCAGCAUGUUGUCACACCUCACCCAGUGGAGCCGCCACAUCCUCUCGUCCAAGCCCAAAGUUGGCGAGAGUGGGGAUUAUCAGCGGGUGGUGGCCUUCCUGAAGGGCAUACCACAGGAUGUUCUGGCCAAAGCCUCUUUACGAUCCAAAGCAUACACUCGUGCCUUGAUGCACUUUGAAGCUUAUAUCCUAGAAAACAAAGAGAACAUCCAAGACCAUCUUACCUUCCUACAGACACUGUAUGCUGCCAUGCAUGAGCCUGAUGGAGUGAGGGGGGUCAACGCCCUGAGAAGGGAAGAACCGUCACUAAGGGAACAGAUACUUGAGCACGAGAGCAUCGGCCUGCUCCGAGACGCCACUGCCUGCUAUGACCGGGCCAUACAGCUGGAGUCCGACCAGAUCGGUCACUACCAUGGAGUGAUGACUUCUAUGCUUGGCCUGGGACAGCUCUCCACAGUCAUUACACAGGUUAAUGGAGUACUGGCCAACAAGCACCAGUGGAAGUCAGAGCUGAAUUCUUACAGAGUGGAGGCAGCCUGGAAGCUUGGAAAAUGGGAUUUGCUGGAAGAUUAUUUGAGUUCAGACCAGCAGUCAAGUACUUGGGGGGUGCAGCUCGGCCAGUUGCUGCUGUCAGCUAAGAAGAAGGAUGCUGAGACCUUCUAUGAGAAGCUGAAGCUGGUGAGGAAGGAGCAGGUCGUCCCUCUGUCUGCUGCCAGUUAUGAGUGUGGAACCUACCAGAGAGGAUACGAGUAUAUUGUCAGGCUGCACAUGCUCAGUGAGUUGGAGCACACUUUCACUGAGCUGCAGAAACAUCGGCAGGGCUCUGCCCCAAGCCUCAGCCAGCUGCCUCCUCAUUGGUCAGACCGACUGGAGAUGACUCAAAACUCCUUCAGGGCCAAGGAGCCAAUCCUGGCCCUCCAUCGUGCCCUGCUCAGCAUUGAACCACAGCCUGGCUGUCAGGAGCUGGUAGGGGAAUGCUGGUUACAGAGUGCCCGAGUAGCCAGAAAGGCUGGACACCACCAGACAGCCUUCAAUGCUCUUCUCAACGCAGAUAAUACACACCUGGUUGAGCUGGUCACAGAAAAAGCCAAGUGGCUCUGGUCAAAGAGCGAUGUACACCAGGCCCUGAUCGUCCUGCAGAAGGGUGUGGCCCAGUGUUUCCCUGACGAUCAGCCCCUGACAGACCCUCGCAGCCUGCAGACUAAAGGCAAAGCAAUGCUGCUGGUGGGACGCUUCAUGGAGGAGACAGCCAACUUUGAGUCCAAUGCCAUCAUGAAGGCAUACAGGGAUGUAACCAAUCUCCUGCCAGAGUGGGAGGAUGGGAACUUCUAUCUUGCCAAAUACUAUGACAAAGUGAUGCCGAUGGUGACUGAUAACAAGCUGGAAAAACAGGGGAACCUCAUUCGAUACAUCGUCACAUUCUUUGGAAAAGCCCUGCAGUUUGGAAACCAGUACAUCUACCAGGCUAUGCCUCGCAUGCUGUCUCUCUGGUUGGAUUUUGGAGCCAAAGUUUGUGAAUGUGAGAAGGCUGGGCGAGCAGACAGACAGAUGCGACAGGAGCUCGGUAAAAUCAACGCAGUCGUCAGUGAGCACUGCUCAAACUUGGCGCCAUACCAGUUCCUCACCGCCUUCUCCCAGCUCAUCUCCAGGGUGUGCCACUCUAGUGAUGAGGUAUUCACUGUGCUCAUGACCAUUGUGGCCAAAGUGUUCCUUGCAUACCCCCAACAGGCUAUGUGGCUGAUGACUGCUGUGUGUAAGUCUUCUUACCCCAUGCGUAUGAACCGCUGUAAUCAGAUCCUUAAGAAAGCCAUCAGCCUUAAACAGUCUCUGGAGAAAUUUAUUGGAGACGCCACCAGACUGACUGACAAGCUGCUGGAGCUCUGCAACAAGCCGGUGGAUGGUAACUGCACCACCCUCAGUAUAAGCGUCCACUUCAAGCAGUUAAAACGUCUGGUGGAGGAGCCAACUUUCAGCCAGAUCCUGAUCCCACUGCAGUCCGUCCUCAUCCCAACAUUGCCAUCGACCGGCGGAGCAAACACAAAGCACGAUGCCUUCCCCGGACACUGGGCCUAUCUUGAUGGCUUUGAAGAUGUUGUGGAGAUUUUGGCCUCACUACAGAAGCCUAAGAAGAUAAGUCUGAAGGGCUCCGAUGGUCGGAGCUACACCAUGAUGUGCAAACCCAAAGAUGAUCUCAGGAAAGACUGCAGGCUCAUGGAGUUCAACUGCCUUAUCAAUAAGUGCCUACGUAAAGAUGCUGAGUCGAGGCGGAGGGAGCUGCAUAUCCGCACCUAUGCUGUGAUUCCCCUCAAUGAGGAAUGCGGAAUCAUUGAAUGGGUAAACAACACUGCUGGAUUGCGACACAUCCUCACCAAGCUGUAUAAAGAGAGAGGUGUCUACCUAUCAGGAAAAGAGCUGAGGAAGCUUAUUCUACCAAAGACAGCUCCAUUUGAGGAGAAACUACGUAUCCACAAGGAAGUGCUGUGCGCUCGACAUCCCCCCGUCUUCUAUGAAUGGUUCCUUCGAACAUUCCCUGACCCCACAUCAUGGUACAGCAGUCGCUCUGCAUACUGCCGCUCCACAGCUGUGAUGUCCAUGGUUGGGUAUGUCCUGGGUCUGGGAGAUCGACAUGGAGAAAAUAUCCUUUUUGACUCUUUCACUGGGGAAUGUGUUCAUGUUGACUUCAACUGCCUCUUUAACAAGGGGGAGACAUUUGAUGUCCCUGAGGUGGUUCCCUUCCGUCUGACCCAAAAUAUGGUCCAUGCAAUGGGACCCAUGGGUACUGAAGGCCUGUUUCGACAGGCCUGUGAGGUCACACUAAGGCUAAUGAGAGACCAAAGAGAGCCACUGAUGAGUGUGCUUAAGACCUUCCUUCAUGACCCUCUGGUGGAGUGGAGCAAACAAGCCAAAGGAAUAUCAAAAUUCCAGGCCAAUGAGACAGGGGAGAUAGUUAAUGAAAAGGCUAAAACACAUGUGUGUGACAUCGAGCAGCGUUUGCAGGGGGUGAUAAAGAGCAGGAAUAAAGUUCUGGGUCUACCUCUGUCAAUAGAAGGACAUGCGCACUACCUUAUCCAAGAAGCCACAGAUGAUAAACUGCUCUGUCAGAUGUAUUUGGGCUGGGGUCCGUACCUGUAGGAAUACUCACAUUAUGUGUGAACUCAGAUGGGAAGCCUUCCAGACCUCUGCAACUUCUGCACUUAGACUUUUUGGUUUAAAAAAACAAAAAGAAAAUUCAAUAUUUGUUCUGAAGUCUCCAUUAUUGUUUUGAAAUUUCCUGUUUUCUGGACUCUGUUGAUACAGUGGUUUUCCAUUAUGUUCUUUCAUAAUAAAGCAUGUGUUUGUUGGUAAA